AUGAUUCCACAACGCGUCAAAAGGCUAACAAGGAAUGCCGAUACAGCCACACACCAAUCGAAAAUGAAGUUCACUACCGUCUUCGUCGGCGUCGUCGCCUUCUUCUCCACGGCCGCCAUGGCUCUGCCCUCGCCCGUCGGCGCCGAGACGGUGGACAACGACCUCGAGAAGCGGCAGAUGUGCAGCCCCUGCUACCGUGGCUUCCGCAGCUGCUGCAGCACCGGCGGAAACUGCUACACGGCCAAGUGCUAG